CCUUGGUCACUGUGUGAUAGAUAGACUACAUUGGUCUGGAGAACAAGAUACGGCUAGGAUGUCAAGAACACUACGAGGAGCAGCGAUCGUCGCUCAAUCAGCCGUUGCCGGACCGUCCCGCCUGACUUUUCGAUCAACCCCGUUACCGAAUCAGAUACAACGACGUCAUGCGAGUUUUGGAAGUUGGUUUUCAGCGUUGGUGGGACUGAAGGAGAAGCCAACCUCGAGUCGUCGAGACAAGAGUGGAAAAGACCCGUUGGAGACGAAUCCGUUUGACGUUGUGGUAAAGGAGCAGAAGACAGUCCUGCAGACAAAGCCUACCAGGAGAUUAGAGUAUAGAUCGUAUACCAACAAGGAUCCCAGCAUUCACCAGAUUUCACCUCUCAAGUUGAAUAAUUUAGCGAACCAGAUUGCUGGACUGCCGGUUGAUGAAGCCAUCAUCCAGAUGCAGCAUUCAUCGAAAAAAGCAGCUAGAUGGAUCAAGAAGGAGCUUGAAGCAGGGAAAGACAUUGCGAUUCAUGAAAGGGGACUGAAGAGGUCCUUACUGCAAGUUUCCGAGGCAUGGGUGCAGAAAGCCAAGUUCGGACCAAAGAAGAUUGAUAUUAAGGGAAGAGGUAGAUAUGGUAUCAAAAUCAGACCAUUCUCUCGUCUACGGUUCACCUUGACAGAGGGCAUGACACCGCGUCAAAAGGAGGAAAUCAAGUUCCAGAAGGAUAUCGAUAGGUAUGCCAGGGGCGCAGCUAUUGUCAGGGAAGACACGCCUCUCAGACGGAAGAUCACUGGCAAUUGGGCAUGGUAGU